GGGGGCGGACAAAAGGCGCGGGCGGCGGGGCCAUGGGCAGCGGGGCCGUGGGCGGCGGGGCCGUGGGCGGCGGGGCGGCGCCAUGAGGAGGGGGAGGAGGCGGCCAUGGCGGCGGGAGGCGGCGGCGCGCGGCGGGGGCUGCUGAAGCGGAAGCCGAACUUCACGCUGCAGGAGAUCGACAUCCUGAUGAGCGAGGUGCUCAAGUACGAGCAGCUGCUGUUCGGCGCCGCCGCCAGCACCGUCAACGCCUACGAGAAGCAGAAGAUCUGGUGGCGGAUCACCAACAAGAUCAACGCGGCCGGGCGGAACCAGCGCGACAUCGGGGAGGUGAAGAACCGCUGGCGGGGGCUGCGGCGCCGGGCGGGCGACAAGAUCAGCCGGCACCGGCAGGAGCGGCAGGCACCGGCCCGGCCCCCCGCCAGGGCUGGCAACGGGAACGGGCCCGGCCCGGGCCCCCCCGAGCUCGGCCCCGGCCCCGCCACCGGCUGGGGAGCCCGCGGAGCCGCCGGGACCGGCCCCCCGGGGCUGAGCGCGGAGGUGGCGGCACCGCACGGCGUCAAGGAGGAGCCGGUGAAGGAGGAGCCGCUGGAGGUGAAGACCGAGCCCUUUCCCGGGCCGCCCCCCGACGGCGGCCCCGCUCCCGCCCCCCGCGCCCCCGGCGACUUGUGCGAGGGCUGGAACCGCAGCCCCCCGCGCCCCCCGCCCCACGAACUCCCUCUCGGCGACCUGAGCGGGCAGCAGGACCCGUUGGGCACCGAUUUCCCCGGCGUCCUGUUCCAGCAAGACGAGCUGGAAUCCCUCAGUGACUGCGGCGGGAGCCGGACGGGGGGUCCCCUCGGGGCGACGGGUUUGCCGGAGGGGACACCCGAUUGUCCCCAGCUCACCCCGGCCGAAAAACGCCUGGUCCAGUCCAACGAGAGGUUGGUGCAGGAGAUGAGGGCGUUUCGCCGGGAAUACGCCGAGAGCCGCCGGGAAACCAGUUCGGUGCUGGGGCUGAUGGCUCAGGCGCUGGGCGGGCUCAGCCGCAGCCUGGCCGAGAUUCGGGACCUCUACCUCCGGGAGCGGGGGGUCCCCAAACCCUGACACCCCCUCCCCAGCUCCCCACGCAGCUGGCUGUGUGUCCCCACCUCCCCCAU